AUGACUUUAGCUCUUCUUUUUGAAACUUUAAUUAAAAUCAUAUCUUUCAAGAUACCAAGCGAUGAUGAUGUAGCUCUUAAUAUUAUCUCAAAACAAAAAGAGACAAUCAACAUUCUCUAUUCUAUCUAUAUAUCUUUACACUUGUUUAUGAGUAGUAGAUCAUUGAUAGAUUUACCAACAGUAGUAAUUCAUUCAAUAUUUAAUUGGUUGGGAGAUGAUGAAGAUAAAGUAUUUCUAUACUUGACUUGUAAAAGAUUACAUCAUUAUAAAUACUUGACACUCGAACAUUAUAGUGAUCGAGAUCAAUGUGCACAUGGACCAAUUGAAAGAUAUAAAAAGGUGACAAUAUCAGGUGUUGGUUUGUCAAUCUUGGCACCCAAACAUAAACUAUUGUACCAUAGAUUAAAAGAGAGGGGAGAAAGAUCACUCGUCACAUCAUUGGUACUUUAUUUCUGCUCCUCCAGUCAAUGCAACGUGUUGGAGAUUACCCCUUCCAUCACAUGUCUUUCGAUAGAAGGUGAAACACCUAGAAACUUACUAGACUCAAAGAACCUGUCCAAUCUAGUCACACUCAAAAUUGCAAAGAGUCAUAUCAAAGAUAUUGAACAGCCCGAUUACACCAGACACCUCGGUAUUAGAGGUGACACAUUCCCCAAACUCACCCGAUUGGAGGUACCGUACAUUUACAUUGACAAUACCAAUUGUAAAUCCAUGAACCAACUACCAUCGUCACUUACAUCAUUUAAAACAGAGAUUGGUACUUUGGACCAUAGCGGUGACUCUACGGUACUCGACUUUUUAACCAACCUACCCAACUUGCAACAUCUUUGUCUUGAAGCGUUAAAUAGGACGACACCCCUGACUAGAUUUCCAAGUAAUCUAGUUUCAUUGGAUAUUGCUGAACUAUACAAUCAACGACUCGAACCUGGUAUGCUCCCUCCAACACUCACCAAUCUUUGUAUCAAGGGAUACCAACAAAAGAUACCAGACGACACCUUUCCAAUCGGUCUCCAAAGUUUGGAAAUUAAAGAGUCGAAUUUGGCAUGUCUGACCAAUCUCAAAUUACCACCUAUGCUUACGUCGCUUUCGAUUCACGAUUCAUCGAUAGGUAUUGUGAUUCCAGACACUGUCAAAUUCCUGACUUUUAGAUGUGACGGCCAACAAAACUUGGGUACACUCCCUUCAUCCCUUGAAUACUUGGAGUUGUUGGGUCUAUUUAGUCCUGCCAUCAAACUGCCUCAGGGAGUACGUGUGGUUAAACUCAACGUGUCAGGCUUGCAUCUUGCACGUGGUUUUCUGCCAAGUACAGUUUGUCAAGUCGAAUUUGGUGACGAUGUCUAUUUCCAAUCGACAUUUGAAAAGGAUUGGGCACCAGACUCUGUAGAGACUAUCAAAUUUGGUAGUCGCUUUGACAGAGCCAUUCGAUUUCCACCACACCUAAAACACGUUGAAUUUGGUCAGCUCUUUAAAGGAAGCUCUUUUAUCGACGAGUUUCAACAAAAGGUUUCACUAGAGUAUGCAUUACCUCCAACCAUUGAGUCUGUUAGAUUCGGUGCAUGUUUCUACUACCAUAAUUUGAUCAAUAGAGUACUCCCAUCGUCCAUCAAAAGAUUGUACUUUACAAAUUUGGCUCACGUACAGACAGCACUUCCAAAUGACUUUACAUUUCCUCCCACCCUUGAAGUACUCCAGUUCCCUAUAUUAGACUAUCAAUAUGAAAUACCUCAACUUCCAGAUACACUACUCAAACUUUAUAUUGUCUCUACCAACAAAAAGCAUCAAAAAUGUAUUGGGUGUCAUCGUGCCGUGAUCACAUUGAAAUGUCCAAUACCAAUUAGAAACAAAUUGGUUCGUCUUCCCAAUUAUCCACAAUCAAUGAUUAUCUAUAACAAUGAAAGAAUUUGGACAUGGAAUGAUUUUGGAACUUUGGAAAAAAAUCACCCAUAA